AUGGCCCGAAGUCGUUGUCUACCCGGAGAAUACCGAGCAACUCAGCAUGCGAUGCAGCUUUAUUCGAAUCGAUACGAGCUACAAGGAGAUGAAGAAUUCACCAUCAUGAGCGGUGGGCAUGAAGAUUUUGGCGGCGCUCAAUACCGCAGCAUCGCCAUGCACCUCCAGAAGGUUGGCUCAACCAAGUUCAGCAGUUCGAAGCACAGCAGCAGUGCAAUGGACCCUGCCGGCUGGGUGAUUCUCAAAGUUCUAGGAGGCGCUGAAGCUGGUGAUGUUUACAACGCGCUUGAGAGGAUGGGGUGGGCAUUUCUCGGCCCUUGCGUUGCGUCGAUAGGGCUGGAUGGCUUCUUCUCCAGGGAGUAA